UGAGCAUCCCUAAAAAACUGAGCGCAAAUAAAAUUUUGACGUUUCGAUUCGAUUUUUUCGGAAAUCCUCAAAAACACUGCGAAAACACCAAACUACACAAAGAAAAAGGUGCCUGAACCGAACCACUUCCGGCCGUCGUUAGAAAACUGUGAUCUCCGGCUCCAAAGGCAACCCGUAAAGCAUGGCGACGGUAGCAGCACCCUCGGUCUCGCAACAGCAGAGCUCCAGCGGCAAACCAAAGGAUAAGAAAACCCAGGAGGAAAUCUAUGCCGAAUUUCAGCAGCUGCGGAAUCAGCAGCGAAAUUUGAUCAACAACCUGAACACCCUGGAGAUGGACCUCAAGGAGCACAAAACGGUGAUCGACACAUUGAAAACGGUAGAAUCGGGCCGAAAGUGUUUCCGCCUGAUCGGUGGGGUGCUCUGCGAACAGACGGUCGAGGUGGUGCUGCCACAGCUAGUGACAAACAAGGACCAGCUGGAAAAGCUGAUCGAAAACGGCAAGGAACAGAUCACCAAGAAGGGCAUAGAAAUCAACCAGUUCAAGGACGAAUACAAUAUCAAAAUCCGCGGCCAGGAAGCGACACCGGCGGCGGCCAGCGAAAAGGACACCUCCGACGACAAAUCGGCGGCUUCUGGCAAUCGGAACGUGCUGGUGGGUAAUUUGUAGGGCGGAAUCGAGUCGAGCGUUUCCUUUCCCUAAGGCGUACUUUUAAUCUGAUAAGAAGAGCUCUAAGUUUAGUAUGCUUUGUACGCGGAAACUAACAUUGUACACGAUUAAUCCAGAAGUCAUGGUAGCCGUUUUUUAACUUAUUAAAUUGGAGAACCCCCUCUGCAGGUUACCGCAAGCCAGUUGUGAGAGAGCUAAGAUCAACACUACUAAUCUUCACCGUUCUAUUUGUCUAACCCUUAGAUGCGUAGAGUUUACUCAGUUUAUGAUACCGUUCGAUUCUUAUCAAUAAUAUUCAGUUACUGGGCGAAAUUUCUUCCCCCAUAUAUUUGCAUAAGAUGUUGCACACUGUUUUACAGUGAUCGACAAUAUUUUCGCCCGCAAUCGUUGCUUUUCUUUGAUAAAAAAAAGAAAGAUAGAAAUUCAUGAAUACACGUGAUGGUACACGAAA